UAAUGAACAAACGGUGUGCUUGCUGAUUUUGUUAACCAUGUAUGAUUAUAGUUUAUGCUCCUGUAGACCGAAACGUUGCUGUAUUUCUCUUUAAAAACAAUUGUAUUGUUCCUCCUACUUACAACUUUAUGUAAUUUUUUUUUUUUAACAAUCAUUAAACAUAACUUAGUUUGUUUUCCACCCGAAGCACAAGCUUUUACGCAACACACAGUUUCUGGUCGGAGUGGACAUUUAAUGAACAGAUAGGAAACAGGUGUGUGUUUCCAGCCUGAGCGUUUUAACCCAGCUUCAAACGCGACCUCCGCCGUUCCCCACCGAUCAUCUUGACCCUUAUUGGAUACAAAAGAACAACUUGUGUGGUUCGAGAUGUUCGUCUGGUUUUGUGUUUUCGUUUAUACGUCGGCAGGUUGCUUGGAAACUACCGGACAAGUGAUGACCGGUCAGCCGCACAAGGUCCCGGUGAACAGCACCGAGGUUUUAGUGGCAGCCCUGUUUGCUGUGGUUGAAUUCAACGCAGCCAAUGCAGAAGAACAGUUUGCUUACAAAAUUGUGAACAUAACAUCGGCCAAAAUUCAGGUGGUUGCUGGAAUAAACUACAUCCUGGAACUACAGCUGGGACGUACAGUCUGCAAGAGAAACAACACUGCUGUCAAUGAACCAUGUGUUUUCCACCCUGAACCCAAGGAACUUCAGUGCUGCUUCAUCGUAACAGAAAUCCCCUGGGAAGAUUCUCGUGUACUUACUCAAAAUAAGUGUCACCCACCUAAUCAUUGACUUCUAUUCUUUCUGCUGGCGUUUCCAAGUAAACAGUUAUC